GAGUGGCAGAAACAGGGGAGCAGAUGGAGAAGGAUCCCGCACCAGGUAACACACGUUGCUCCCCCGCAUUAUCCCCAAAUCAAACCCAUUUAACAUUUUAUUUUUCCGCGUUCAUACUCAAUUCCUCACACUCGAUCACAUCACCUAUAAUAUUAUUGGGCACCAGAACGUUCUCCCCCCGCUUCCACCCGUCCCCUGCUUUUCUCUCUUUAUUCAUCAUUCAUACUCUGCCUCUUCUCUUUUCCCCUAUAAAUAAAUACCAAUCCUUCCCAACUGCGUGCCUCAUCACUUCAAUUCAUUACCUCCUCGGAUCAAACCCCGUACCAUACAUAAGCACAGGCGCACGCAUAAGUCCGCCUUCUUCGUUUUUUCAAUCAUCUUCGGUCAGAGUUGGCCAUGGCCAUGCCCAAGGCUCUUCUUCUUGCUUUUCUGCUCGUCUCUGUUUUUCUCUUCCUUCUCGUUCAAGCUGAUGAAGCGGUGGUCGGAAACCUCGGACAGAGCUAUCCUCCUCAUAAAAUAGAUUGUGGGGCGGCGUGCGCGGCCAGGUGCCGGUUGGCGUCGAGGCAGCGGAUGUGCCACAGGGCGUGCGGGACCUGCUGCGCCCGCUGCAGCUGCGUCCCUCCCGGUACGUCCGGUAACCGAGAUGUGUGCCCCUGCUAUGCCAAGAUGAGAACCCACGGCAACCGCCUCAAGUGCCCUUGAGCUCUCCGACGCCACGUGUAUGUCCUACCAAUUUUUCACUUCCUGCGAUAUAUGUCCUGUCCUGUCCUUAUUAAUGUCAAAAUGUAAUGUGGGUAAAAGUUUGUGAAAUAAAAGAAAGAGAGUUAUAUAGAUGUGUUUGUUGGUGGAGAGGGGAGAUAUGUAUAAUUGGUCUGACUACAUAAAUAAUAAUGGACUUUGUGCCCCAUCUUUUGUAUAA